AUGUCAAACAGAAGCAAAAGUCAAGAUUUUAGAAACAUCUACGAGCUGCUUGAUAAGCUUUGUAAGAACUUCAGUCCAGAUCGACACAAAGAGAUCCUUAGAACAGUGACGUCAACAAUCAAACAGUCACAGCAAGGAUCUCAAGGCUUCAUUUCUAAUCAGCAAUACGAUGAAGCGAUUGUUGUUGCAAAAAUAAAAAAUCAUCUCUCAACUAAAUCUGGUGCCAAUCUUUCCGUGUUUCUGAAUCUCCAUGAACAACUUUCAACGCUAACUGAUAAAAACUUUCGCACAUCAAUUCUCACUUUACUUCUGUACCUUUCCGACAUGGAAUCAAAGUUGCCAAAUGCAAGCAAACACGACUACAAUAGUGAAUUUGCUGAUUCUGUCUUCACACUUCCUAUUAGAAAUCGACAGGUUGAAGCCAGUGCCAGUAUGGAGCAUAUUUUUCAAGGCAUUAAUUCGAGGAAUGUCUCAAACACCACUGUCAACUCAGAGAAUAAUCUAAAGCUUGUCACUUAUCGACGAAAUCUUCCAUCUUCAACUUCAUCUGACAGCGUUUUAUAUGGUCAGUCUCCGGAUCCAGAAUUAACUUUCAACUACUCAAAGAAUGAAGAUUUGGUGCAGGAAGCGAUUUACUCAAUGACAGGGAAGUCUGGAAAGUUUCUCAAAAAAGAUGUCACAGGAGAGUUCAAACUCGACAUUAAAGCUCGUAAUUUGAGUGCACAGGAAGGAAUUUCUUUAAUUCGUAUUGCUGAAAUUGGUCGAUUGCAUAAUGACAUUCAAAAGUUCACUGACUCAAAUAGUGAAUUCUUUCUUUGUGGAUUAUUUGGCCAAGGUUUGAUCUCACAAGUUGAAACUGAACUUGUACAGUUUUAUGGGCUCAUUGCACAUUUGCAAGAUAAUCUUCAUUCACAACAAGUUGUCGCAUACACAACAACCAAAAAUGAUCCAUUAACGCUCGUAAAAGUGUUUUCAAUAUUAAAUGAGCCAUUAAAACGCAUGCGAAGCAUUGGAGAAAUUUUACAAAGUUGUAAGAAUCUCAAAGGCGGCCCAUUGUCGUCAGCUCUCUAUGAACAUUUGUUCAAUGGUAAUUCAAUACACAAAAGUCUUGCCGAGUCGUUUCUCAAAGCAACAUGCCGUCCACUUCAGAAUAUGUUGAGUCAUUGGCUUCUUGAUGGUGAAAUUGUGGAUCCACAUCAUGAAUUCUUCAUUGAAGAGAUUAAAGAAGUUUCUUCAGAUCGUCUCUGGCAUCACAAAUAUCGAGUCGUGAAUGCUCGUUUGCCAUUGUUUGUGUCAAAAACAUUAGCAAGAAAGAUUCUCGUGUCUGGUAAAAGUAUAAAUUUCCUACGUGAAGUGUGUGAAGAUCGUUCGCCAAUCAAAGGACGUGAAGAACUGAAACUUGCUUUCGAGAAUAAUGUUGAAGAUCUCUACGCACCAGUGCAAGAUUCAAAGUUGCAUGUGAUGAUCGAUCAAGUGUAUUUGAACACAUCAAAGAAAGUUCUCGACAUUGCUCUCGGUCAAUAUCGUCUUUUGGAACAUCUUCAAUCGAUGAGAAAAUAUUUGCUGCUUGGUCAAGGCGACUUCAUUAAUCUUUUAAUGGAGAAACUCAAAGAUGAACUUGAUCGACCAGCAAAAGAACUUUAUCAACACGCUCUCUUCUCAAUUGUUGCUUCAUCAGUUCGUGCAACAUCGCAGUUUGAUGACGGGGAGAUUCUUGAACAUCUCGAUGUUAAAUUAGUGCAUGCUGUUGAUGGUGAUCGUGGAUGGGAUAUUUUCACACUUCAAUACACGGUUCAUGGACCGCUCUCUACAAUUCUUGAAUUAAACAUGGGGAAGUAUCAAGAACUCUUCAAGCCAUUAUGGAAAGCCAAACACACUGAAUUUGUCCUUGACAACAUCUGGAAAAAUCAGAUGCUAAACUCAAAACGAAUGGGCAAUAAUUUCAGUGAAUUGUCAUCUGUAACUUAUCGAUUACAAGCUUACACCUCGGAAAUGAUUCAUUUUAUUCAUCAAAUGCAAUAUUAUAUUCUGUUUGAAGUCAUUGAAUGUUCAUGGGUGACAUUUAUUAAACGAGUUCAAAGUGCGAAAGCUUUGGAUGAUAUCCUCGAAGCACAUCAACAAUUCCUGAGUGCUGUCAGAGUUGGAAUCUUUCUUGAUAAUGAAACAAAGCAUACGCUUUAUCUUCAUUUGGAUAUUAUCUAUGAUUCCAUAAUGAAUCUUGAAGAUUGGCAGAAAACCUUUUAUCAGGAAAUCUUUCAAGAGUUGGAGGAACGUGAAGCUUUUGAGAAAGCAAUAAAAGAAAGUGAGAAGAAAGGUGUUUAUGGCGUCACAUCUGAAAAGCGAUUAGAACGUGAUGAACAUCAGAAGAAUUUUGAGCAAACCAUUGGAAGCAUGAAGAAGAGUUUGGAUGGGAUUGGAAAUAAUUAUGAGAAGUAUUUGAACGAUUUUCUUUUACUGUUGACAUCGUCGAAGGAUCAAAAUCUUCAACGAUUUGGGAUUCGUUUGGACUUCAAUGAAUUCUACAAAAGACGGGAUCAACGUCUUAAGCAUCCGUUGACAUAUGAACACAUGCGGAUGAGUGGGAUGGGAACGUCUGGCAUCUUCUCACGAAGCAGUAUUUCUGGGACUCCCAUAAGAAUCCACAACUCAAAAUUGCAUUGACAGGACGGAGGAACAUAUCCAAAAAUAUCCAAUAGCCCU